AUGUCACAACAAUAUUAUCAUCAUAUGCCAGAACCAAUACAUUACCCUCCUCCUCCAACUCAACCUAAUUCGAUCUAUCCAUACACGCAUACUGGUUCAGGAAAAACAUCAACCUACUAUGAUGAUAGUGAAAGACCACCAUAUGAACCUCAAAAUACAUCUUACAUGCCACCACAAGUUAGUUAUCCCCCACCUCCAAGUUUUGAACAAGCUGUGAAUAGUGGUAGCGAUGACGCUCAUAUAAAAUUUAAUCCAAAGCCAAAAUAUCAAGAUUUAUUCUGGUAUCCAACUGCGUGUAAGCAAACACACAGAACGCCAUCAUCAAAUCCAAAUUGUCAAAACGGUCAAUUUAUAGCCAUUGUCGUAUUCUUAUUAUUUACAUACUACUGGGUGUCUCAAGUUAUUCAAACUUUUAUUCAUGUCACAACUUCUGGCGUAUUUGCUUCCUACUAUUUUCUUGAGGGAACUCCUCAAGGCGUUCCAUCUUCACCUACCUUGAAAAGUGCAAAAAGGGCAGCGACUACUAGCUUUGGGAGUAUUUGCUUUGGAAGUUUGUUAGUUGCCAUAUUACAAGUUAUUCGUGAACUUUUGAGAUCUCUGGCUCAGGACACCGAUAAUCCAUUAGGCGCGUUCUGUGUCGCUUGUGCAGCCGUAUUAGUUGGUUGUGUCGAUGCGUUAUUAGAAUUUUUCAAUUUUUACGCAUAUACGCAAGUGGCGAUUUACGGAAAGUCAUUCUGUGAUUCGGCAAAGGAUACUUGGACUAUGAUUCAGGAUCGCGGCGUUGAGGCCAUUAUUAACGAUAACCUUAUCGGCACUGUAAUUAUAAUGGGUUCAUUUCUAGUUGGAAUGGUCGCCGCUCUAUUUGGAUAUCUUUACACGAUCAUCUUUCAUCCCAAUUUCAAUGUCGGCGGAGGAUUUACUCCACUUAUAGUAUUUCUGUCAUUCAUUAUUGGAUUCCAAAUGCUAUCAAUUAUAGGAUCAGUGAUUUUUAGUGGAUCUGCUACAACAUUCGUCUGUUUAGCCGAGAAUCCGGAUGCGUUAGCCAGAAUCAAGCCCGAUUUAUAUAAUGCGAUUAUUAGGACCUAUCCGGCUUUUGCUCAAGGAAUUCGAUUUUUUUCGGGCCUUCGUGAUUGUCUUAAACGAUGA